AACGGAUUAACUUUGUUGUGCCGCAGUGGACGAGCAGUGCGAGGAACAGAUAGAUACAAGUUAUCUUUGGAACACAGGAGCUUAGGCGAUUCAAUCGACGCCCAUCAUGAUGUCCGGCGAGGCUUGGCUGUACCUGUUAGCGGUACUGAUUAAUGCUGUCAACCUGUUCCUACAAGUUUUCUUCACGAUCAUGUACAGUGAUCUUGAGUGUGACUACAUUAACCCCAUCGAUCUCUGUAACCGCCUCAACACAUACAUCAUCCCUGAAGCCGCUGUUCACGGAUUCUUGACCUUUUUGUUCCUUAUCAACGGCUACUGGCUUGCGCUUGUUCUCAACCUGCCACUCCUCGCCUUUAACGCCAAGAAGAUCGUGGAUAAUGCACAUUUACUUGAUGCUACUGAGAUCUUCAGGAAACUGAAUGUGCACAAGAAGGAAUCAUUUAUCAAGCUGGGAUUCCACUUGAUUAUGUUCUUUUUCUAUCUGUACUCGAUGAUCGUAGCUCUUAUCAGAGACGAGUCGCAUUGACUUGCUUCCUCGAUCGGCGACAGGUAUAAGGAGACGUAAUGAAUUGGUGGCUGAUUGCGGGUGCAGCCAGAACGGUGGGAGUAUGAUUUCGUUGCAAGGGACUGGUAGUAUUGACGUUGAG